CAGGAUGCGUAUGGGGUGCAUUCUGAUUUUGAAUUUGGUAAUAAUAACGUUGAAGAAACUCCCAACGAUAAAAGUAGAACUUUCUUUGAACAAUUGGAAGCUGCUAGUCGGCCUUUAUGUGAGGGGAGUCCUCACUCCCAGUUGUCUAUUGAUCUUAGGUUAUUAAAUAUCAAAUCAGAUUGGAAUUUUUCUCAAGGGGCAAUGGAUUCUGUGAUUGACCUUAUGCAUGAUUUAGUUGAUCCAAAACCAGAGAUACCUGAUAAUUUCUAUAAGGCAAAGAGGUUGGUGUCAAAAUUAGGACUGUCAUCGAUGAGAAUCCAUUGUUGUGAGAAUGGUUGUGUAUUAUACUAUAAGGAUGAUAUUGAUUUUGAAUCCUGUAAUUUUUGUGGUAAAUCUAGGUAUAAGCUUGCUCCUAGUGUGAAAAAAGUUGCUGUUAAGACGAUGCGUUACUUACCUCUUAUACCAAGGUUAAAAAGGUUAUAUGCAUCAAAUAGAUCUGCUCCUCAUAUGAGAUGGCACCAUGAAAACAGAAGACCACCUGGUAUUAUGUGUCAUCAUCCGAUGGAGAGGCUUGGAAGCAUUUUGAUAGAACUUAUCCCGAUUUUGCAGUAGAACCAGGAAACAUUAGAUUAGGUUUAUGUUCAUAUGGAUUCACUCGACAUUCUGUUUCUGCUGCACCUUACUCUUGUUGGCUUGUAUUUUAACACCAUGUAAUCUUCCACCUGAGAUGUGUAAUACCAGUCCAUAUAUAUUUCAGAAUUGUGUCAUUUUUGGCCCCUGCAAUCCAAAAGUCUUGGGUGUUGUGUACUUGCAACCUUUGAUAUAUGAAUUGAAACAACUGUGGGUUCAAGGGGUUGAAACAUUUGAUGUGUCUCUUAAGCAAAAUUUUAAUUUGCGGGCUGCGUUAAUGUUGAUCAUUAAUGAUUUUCCUGCGUAUGGAAUGUUGUCAGGGUGGAUGACAACUGGAAAGUUAGCUUGUCCUUACUGUAUGGAAAAUACUAAAUCUUUCACUUUAAAACAUGGUAAAAAAAAAUCUUGGUUUGACUGUCAUCGUCAAUUCUUGCCAAUGGACCAUGAGUUUAGGAGUAUGAAAAAUGCAUUAAAAAAGAAAACUGUUGAAUGAGGAUGUCCACCUCUAAUAUUGACUGGAGAACAAGUUUGGGAGAGGGUUCAACACCUUCCAAAGGUUACAGAAGAACAACCUUACAAAUUUGAUGGAUAUGGUGUUACUCAUAAUUGGACAAAACAGAGUAUAUUUUGGCAGUUAUCAUAUUUGAAGGAUAAUUUUCUUCGACAUAAUCUUGAUGUCAUGCAUAUCAAAAAAAAUUACUUUGAUAAUUUAUUUAACACAGUAAUGGAUAUCGUGGAAAGACAAAAGAUAAUGUUAAAGUUAGAAUGGACUUACCAGAAUACUGUAGGCGAAGAGAGUUAUGGUUGUAGGAGUAACAAAACAAGUUUUUCUUCAAGCCUAAGGCUAAUUAUUCAUUUACAAUGGAUCAAAAGCGUAAAAUAUGUGAAUGGGUCGAGCAACUUAAGAUGCCUGAUGGACAUGCUUCAAAUUUGGGGAAACGUGUUGAUAUGGAGCAUGGAAAGUUACAUGGUUUGAAAAGUCAUGAUUGUCACGUCUUCAUGGAAACAUUACUCCCCAUCGCAAUUAGUGGCUUUCAUGAUAGAAUUUGGAAACCUAUGACUGAAAUUAGUUUGUUCUUCAAAGACUUGUGUUCUAAUACUAUGAAAGAAGACAACCUCGUCCAGAUGGAACCAAAUAUUCCUAUAAUUACAAAUAAGCUCUAGAAGAUUCUUCCACCUGGAUUUUGGGAUGUUAUGGAGCAUCUUCCUGUGCAUCUAGUGCAUGAAACCCGUCUCGGAGGCCCGGUUCAAUAUAGAUGGAUGUAUCAAUAUGAGAGAACUAAUGUCAAGUCUAAACGGGGUAUGAAGCAAAAACAUAGACUUGAGGGAGCAAUGGUUGAAGCCUAUCUUGCUAGCUACUUCGUGCAUUUAUAUGGCAAUGAUAAAGUAUUUGAGUAUUAUUCAACAUGAUUUAAAAAUUAUAUGGCAGGUGGCGGGAAGAAUAAAGCUAUUGAUAAUUCUCCCCAAAAGAAGAAGAAAAAAGAUAGCAUGAUUACUAGGCGAUCGACUGCGAUACACAUCAGAUCAGACUCCACACCAUCUCUCCCAACACGAGACACUCCGGUACAUUGAAGUUCUAGGCAGACCGCGUCUUAUAUUCAGUUGACUCGAUAGAUUCAUCUCCAUCGACCUAUAUGCAUCAGGUGCCUGUAAUGAUGCCCACAUCCGGAUAUGCUACCCCAAAUGGAUACACUCAUUUGCCUCCCGAGUAUCAGCGACCGACAUCCAGUGUCUCUUGUACAGUUAAUCACACCCAACAAACUCACAACCUUCAUCAUCAUCUAUUUCAAAUCUUGGGAUGUCUAGUCUUCACAUUCAAGGCAGCAGCCCUGACACUCCUAUCACAAAUCAAUCAGCCACACAUGAUCAGAAAAAGUGUGCUUGGUGUCCGGAACACGAGACUCAAAUUUGUGCAAACCUUCACAAGAAAGCUGGGUGUCUACUUUCUAGUUUGUUUCUGAAAGCUCGUAAAAAAGAUAAGAAGCCUCGAUGGAUUUUAUUUGAGGAUUGGGAGAAGUUAGUUGAACAUUGGGAGACGAAUGCAAGGUUCAAGCAGAUGAGCGAGAUCGGCAAGAAGGCCAGAUCAUCUACUAAGGGUGGUUCUCUACACACAAGCGGGGCACAGAGUCAAGGAAAUGUGAGGAGAAAAUUGGCUGAAGCAUUCAAGUUUACACACACAAGGAAGAAGAAAAAUCAUGGAGAUCCAGACGUUUGGGUUGAGCCACGAGCUCAACUGACCUAUAAUCAAAAUCUUCAAACCUUCGAGGAUUUCCACCAAACUUUACCAGAAGACAACCAAGGCAUGUCAAUUAGCCAAGAGCAGGCCGAGAGAAUUUGGCUGGACUAUGUUGGUGGUCCAACUAGAUAUGGAUAUGCUUAUGGCAUGCCGCAAAGGGCCUUUCGUGAAUUUCAUUCUAAGCUAGAAGUCCUAUCUAGUUCCCAUGAUGAUGAAUUGAGGAAGACUAAUCUUGAUUUGAAGCAUACGAUAUAUAAGCUAUCUAGUCAAGUUGAAGCCUCGUAGGUUAGGGAAAGGAGGAGGGACAUAGAAUUUGCUGGUCUUAAGGUUCAAUUUGAUGCAUUACUUGCUUCAGGAGGGAUUACCUCUUGUCCCAGUGAUGUCCCUUUCCCUCCUCGACCCUCUCAAUCUCAACCUCCAGCAUAUGGUAAACAAAGAGAUUUGAUGGAGGAGUCUAGUAGUGAGGAAGAUGACGAGGAAGAUGUGGAAAACUCAUUGCCGCAUUAUUGAAGAUAAGAGUUGCAUUAGAUAGUCUAAAGUUGUUAUGUUAAGGUUAUUUUAUGAGACUUAUUAUGUGUUUAUUUAAUGUUAGAUAUCUUUGAAAUCCUAUUAUAUAACUAACUGACUUUAAUGUUUGUUCUUUGGAAUUUGAAUUACUUUGAGUUGAAGCAUAAUAUUAGUAAA